AUGUUUAGUGACAGCCCAGUGAAUGUAGUUGGGUUUAACCACACUGAGACGCAUAGAAAAGGAAAAGCUGAAAAAUCAAAUCAAUAUAAUGGACUGUUCACUGAAGACAAAUCAUGUGAUACCAUUGAUGUGAAAACUGUAGAUACGCAGACUGAUUCCAUUGAAAACAUUGAUAUUAGAAAUGUCGAUCUUGUUGCAUUAAACAGUUGUUUGGAAAAAGGCUUAAGACUCUUAAAAACUGAAUGUAAUGACUGGCCAAAAAUGCCUGAUUAUUUAGAGACAACUCAAAAAGAUAUAAAUGAUGAAAAAACCAUGAAAGUAUCUAUAAGGCAACACCCUUCAUUUGGAAUGAAAAAUAUCAGUGCAAUUAGUUGGAAUUGUAGCGGAGAUAAAUUAAUGGUAGCUACUGGUGAACAUUGCCAUACACAGUGGUGUAAUCAUUUAAAUUCAGUAUUUGUUUAUUCUAUGUUGGACUUAGAAAAUAGUGGCAGUACUGUAUCUAAUAUACUGGAAGUUACAUCUUGUAUCACAUGUUUAGCUACACAUCCAACCAAUGAACAUCUAAUAACAGCUGGAUUAUACAAUGGUGAAUUGGUGAUUUGUAACACAAAUGAUAAUAUGUCUAUGGUUUCCCUCGAAUGGCAUUCAGUGGCUGUAUCUGAAUCAUUGUGGUUUGUGAGAUCUGAUCAUCGUGUUGUAUUGAUAACUGCAGGAAAAGAUGGAUAUGUUUGUGUAGGAACUAUGAUAAGUGACAAAAUAAAAUUCACACAAAGAAUAUACAGGUAUUUAGUUGGGAUUCCAGGGAAAGUUGGUAUUCGGUGUUUUGAUUAUUCAAACAGACAUUUUUUAGUAGCUCUGGAAAACGGAAAAAUCUCUAGCCACUUAUGCGAAACAACAAGAAACAUUAAAGAAGAUCAAGUUAUAGAAGCCGUAAAAGUUAAAACAUACAAUGGAUAUUCAUUAAUGAUUGAAAAUAUACAAUUUUGUCACAAAAAUUCAACUACAUUUAUCAUAACACAGUUUGAUUCUACAAUACUAUUAUACAAUGUGUAUCAAAAAGAUCCACAAAAAAUUAUUUUUAAUCGAAAACUAAUAACCAGAUUAUGUUGGAGUUUAGAAAAUGAGUUUAUAGUAUACGUUGGUGAAGAAAAUGGAGAACUUGCUAAAAUUAAUCUGACAAAUGGGAAAACAGAUUCAAUCAAAAAAUUUACAUUUUGCGAUAUAACUGCAAUGAAUAUUAAUCCAAAAAGAAAAAAUAUUAUUGCAAUCGGUACAAUACAAGGAGAAAUAUAUAUAAGUAAAUAUGAACAGCCAUUUGAAACUUGA